UUGGGAGAGCGCAGAAAACCGCGACAGAGCAUCAUCACAGCGCUUGACUACAGCUGCUACAGCUACCAUCAUCGGCCCUUGACUUACUUCCUAGACACCGGCAUCCAUGUUCCACUUGGUUAACCACUGAUCUAGUACUCCGUCGAACAUACCCUCUCCCGAUUCCUACUCUGUUACGUGCUAGUUUCAAGCUUCGCAAGCACCGGAGCCUAUUGUUGGAGCUCCAUCUCUUCGGAGCCAGCCAGGGACAGCCACAUCACACUGUCUACCUCCUACGCAUAUUCGAUCACACUCAACAAACAAAUAUCGCGAAAAUGGAGCGGUUUAAUCGGAUGCUGCAGGCCGCCCAGGGCAUGGGUAUGAGUAACGCAGCUCCCGGCGCAGAUGCACCCAACCUCAUCGAUAACUCAGAAACAGUGCACAUAUCGUCGCUGGCCUUACUCAAGAUGCUGAGACAUGGCCGGGCAGGUGUACCCAUGGAAGUUAUGGGUCUCAUGCUAGGGGAUUUCGUUGAUGAAUAUACUGUUAGAGUCGUUGAUGUGUUCGCGAUGCCUCAGAGCGGUACUGGAGUUAGUGUUGAAGCUGUGGACCCUGUCUUUCAGACCAAGAUGAUGGAAAUGCUUAAACAAACAGGAAGACCAGAGACCGUCGUCGGAUGGUACCAUUCUCACCCCGGAUUCGGUUGUUGGCUCUCCUCCGUUGAUAUCAAUACCCAACAAUCCUUCGAGCAACUCACCCCUCGCGCGGUAGCCGUCGUCGUCGACCCUAUACAGUCCGUCAAAGGCAAAGUCGUUAUCGACGCCUUCCGCUUAAUCUCCUCUCAGACGCUUAUGAUGGGACAGGAGCCCCGACAGACCACCUCCAACCUGGGUCAUCUGAACAAACCGUCUAUUCAAUCGCUUAUCCAUGGCCUAAAUCGCCACUAUUACAGCAUUGCCAUCAACUACCGCAAGACCGGACUGGAGGAGAAUAUGCUGAUGAACCUUCAUAAACAUGUGUGGACGGAGGCGCUGCAAAUGAAUGAUUUUAGAGAGGAGGGGAGCAGGAAUGUGGAUCGGCUGAAGAAGCUUGUUAGCCUUGCUGAGGGUUAUGAGAAGCGCGUAAAAGAGGAGACUGAGUUGACAAUGGAUCAAUUGAAGACUCGAUAUGUUGGGAAGGUGGAUCCGAAGAAACACAUCGAAGAUGUUGGCCAGCAACUGAUCGAGGACAACAUCGUCGCCGUCUCACGGCAGAUGAUCGAUAAGGAAGCCUCCUUGGCCAUCGACGCGAGUAAAAACGGGACGCAGAGCGAGUCAAUGGAUGUGGAUGAAGAGCUAUGAUCUUGGCCUGUUUUAUUUUAAUUUUGCUACUUCAUUCCUGCACUUUUCUGAGCAUGAAAUGUCAGGCUCCUUAUCUUCUCUAGAAAGGCACUAGCAUGAUUCCCCGCAAUUAGCAAUGUGAAAGACGGGAUACACAUACACUGUACUGCUGUAAACUGGCAUGAGGAAGGUGGGAAGGUUUAUUGCCCUUAUUUCUUGUGGUACUCCUACUGCCUUAGCCUCUGUAUAGAUGUGCAGCUGCUGUAGCAUAGAAAGGAAAAUAAUUACUUGGGGACAACAAACUUUGGAGUGAUAGCUCCUUUACCCGUAGUAACUGCUAUCCCCGAAAGAUACAUACCUGAAGGCCUGUAAUUCUUCUAGUCACCCCCAGGAUGGAGGGCUUGGAAGUGCGGGAGGGAGCCGCUUUUACUCAUAUCUACUCCUAGAGCUUGAAUGAUACGGUACAAAGCGGGAAAAAAUAAAGAGUAGAUAUAGAUUUGUUACACAACAGAUCCAAUACAGGUGCGACAACACAAAACAGAGAGGCGCCUUGCCAACCGCCGUAUGUGCUUGUUAUAUCGAUGCCAACGGAACAGAACAGCUCACAAGACUCAGUUAAUUAAAACAAAG